AUGUCAGACAUGCUGCGAACAGUGUUCGUUGUUGCCAGCCCCUAUGCCACGGUUUCUGGGUAUCAUGAGGGCGGUUGGACCGACAAUUCCAGGCUGUGUAUACUGCACAGGAAUGAAGAUAAGCCUGCCAGCAGAGGUGUAGCCAUGGCUCAAGUUCCACUCUCUUCCGACGAAUCUGAAUCAGACUCUGCCGGCGAAUCUGAAUCAGAGUCUCAAUCUUUUGACUCCUCUGACGAAGUUACCGCUUUGGAUGAAAAGCCAUCUGACUGGGUCGAUAAGCCGCUGGACGAGAAGAAACGGGUAAGACUUGAGGCAAAGUUGCUGGGUGUCAAGCAGCGUCUGGCCCAAAUGGAGGAGAUGCACCGCGAGUUCGAGAAAGUCUGCAGAGUAUUGGAGCAAGUUUUGAACAGUCUCGACGGAUGCCUUGCGGGCUAG